AUGAAACGCGCUCCUCCACCCCUCCCAGACAAAACUAAACUCUGUGAGCUGGAACAAGCUGACCCCCUGACCUGCUGUCUGAGACCAUGGUGUGAGCCUGGCAUGGCCGCAGCUCUCUCAGAACACACAAGUCCCCAGCAACAAGUCCCCAGCAACAAGUCCCCAGCAACAAGUCCCCAGCAGCAAGUCCCCAGCAACAAGUCCCCAGCAGCAAGUCCCCAGCAACAAGUCCCCAGCAGCAAGUCCCCAGCAGCAAGUCCCCAGCAACAAGUCCCCAGCAGCAAGUCCCCAGCAACAAGUCCCCAGCAACAAGUCCCCAGCAACAAGUCCCCAGCAGCAAGUCCCCAGCAACAAGUCCCCAGCAGCAAGUCCCCAGCAACAAGUCCCCAGCAGCAAGUCCCCAGCAACAAGUCCCCAGCAGCAAGUCCCCAGCAGCAAGUCCCCAGCAGCAAGUCCCCAGCAACAAGUCCCCAGCAGCAAGUCCCCAGCAACAAGUCCCCAGCAACAAGUCCCCAGCAGCAAGUCCCCAGCAGCAAGUCCCCAGCAGCAAGUCCCCAGCAACAAGUCCCCAGCAGCAAGUCCCCAGCAACAAGUCCCCAGCAACAAGUCCCCAGCAGCAAGUCCCCAGCAGCAAGUCCCCAGCAACAAGUCCCCAGCAGCAAGUCCCCAGCAGCAAGUCCCCAGCAGCAAGUCCCCAGCAGCAAGUCCCCAGCAGCAAGUCCCCAGCAGCAAGUCCCCAGCAGCAAGUCCCCAGCAGCAAGUCCCCAGCAGCAAGUCCCCAGCAACAAGUCCCCAGCAGCAAGUUCCCAGCAGCAAGUCCCCAGCAGCAAGUCCCCAGCAGCAAGUCCCCAGCAGCAAGUCCCCAAGCUGGGCUGUAUUGGCAGGGCUGGGAGCCUCCACACUGGGCUGGUGUCCUCGCCUGUCCCUGUCUGGAAGUGCUGCGGUCCUCAGUGA